AUGAAUUUUUAACUUGUUCAUGUUCCCCAUGAUGUGUACAGAUCAUCAGUGCACUUCAAAAACUCUUUAUAAUCUUACAUCAGAAUACAAUCACCAAAAGAUGAGUGGGCAGGCAAAAUACUGUUUUCACAAUCCAGUCAAAUCCUGAUAAAGUUAAAUGGAUAAACUCAAAACCUUCCACUGGGCAAAUAUCCAAUUUCAUUUAUAAAUAUGUCACAUUAAUGAAGGAUUUUGUCUUUACAGAAGAUACACUUGUAUCCUCUUGAGGCAAAUAUAUGACAGCUCGUUAUACUUAUUACUGUCCUAAGUGCAUACACGCAUUUUUAAGUUGGUAUCUCCUGUUUAUUGGUCUAUCAGUUAUGAAGAUAAACAAAUCUUUGUCUUGUUUGUGUAUUUUCUGAAUUUAAAUAUGCUGACACAGGACGUUUCAGGUCAUAUUUAUACACGAUCUGAGCAAAAAGGCUACGUUCACACUGCAAGCCAGUGUUCAGCUGUGAUUUUUUUGCUCGGAUCAGAUUUGUCUAUCUUGACGGUUCACAUUCCUAACUGCAAGUGACCUAUAUCUGUAAUGUAAACGCAUCUGACCUCCGAAGCGUUUAUACGUUUAUGCACAAGUUACCUGGGUCACCGCCAACAAAAAACAUAUAAUCGCCCAUGUAUGCAUGGAAUUUUGCUCUGGAGGACAAGCAGCCGUAGCCUACAUGAUGUCAGGUCGAUAAGGCGAAAAAACAGACGGCAGCUACUAUUGUCACUGCUGUUUCUCUCCUCCACUGUUUUGAUGACGACUGCACUAAUCGCAAGCGUACAGAUAAAAGGCAACUGAAAUCCAACGACCUUUCUCUUUCAAAUCGACUAGUGAUGAAUCGGAUACGAAUCGUACCCAGGACCACAUAGGAAACUGAGUCAAACCGGAUUAGAAAGAACGGUGCACACAUGGCAAAAAAUGUCCCACAUCCCAAAUCUCAUGUGAAUCAGCGUGACACAUUGUAGAGACACCCGUAUUUCCAUGGAUCUACAAGUUUUCAUCAAUAGCUGUAGUCCACGGGCCGCUUCGCCAUUUUUCCGCUAGGCUGCGACUGGAUUUCUGUCGUUGAUCAUCACACACGAGAGCAAUCGCUCAUGAUUUUAGUCGUAAAAAUCAAAUAUAUUUGAAAAUAUCGGAAUGGUGGAAGAUCGAUCGCAAGAUCUAGGGUUGACUCGUUGUUUCUCUCAUACUGUUAUCCGCACGAUUAUCGUUUGUGAUUGGGAAAAAAUGAUUGGAAGGACAAAAUCAGGGUUAAAUUCGGGCUACAAAUCGUGUAAAGAGAUGCCAAAGACUCAGAUGAACUUAAAAUAAUUUUUAAAUACGGGAAUAUAUUUAUAUUGGAGCCUGUUCUUAAUAAUCUCUAAAAAGUGCCCAUUUUUUAAAAAAAAGGAUUGAUCACAGUUUCGAUAACUCCAGACGUCAUUGUACACGAAACCGACACACAACGCGCGUGUUCGCUGUGCUACAAAGAUGUCAUCACUUCCCAUGCCAGCCCAAAAUGUUUCACGAAAUAACUAGCUAGCUGGAUUUUGGCAAUAACAAGAGCAUCGAAGAUAUUUCGUAUUAAAUUGCUAACUCGCUGUAAUUACAAGGCCGUUCGUCAGCCAAGGAAGAUAGAGCCAUCCUGAAUGUAAAAGGAGAUUAUGGAGGUGCCAUCUUACCAAUCCAAACUGUUGUGUGAGCUCAAUGAACAGCGUAAGCGGGACUUCUUCUGUGACUGCAGCAUCAUUGUGGAGGGUCGCGUGUUCAAGGCUCAUCGUAACAUUCUGUUUGCCAGCAGUGGUUACUUCCGGGCAUUGCUGGUGCACUACUUGCAGGACAGUGGCCACAGGCAUAGCACUGCAUCACUGGACAUCGUCACUGCAGAUGCCUUCUCACUUAUUUUGGAAUUCCUGUACUCAGGCCGGUUAGACUUGCGAAGCGAUAAUGUAAUUGAAAUCAUGUCAGCUGCCAGCUACUUGCAGAUGACUGAUGUGGUAAACUUUUGCAAGGGCUAUAUUAAAUCUUCACUGGAGAUCUGCAACAGGGAGAAGGAGUGCCAGAGGGAGAGGGGUAGGGAGAGAGAAGGACCAGCAGAUAGUGUCACUCCGACUUCGGUCUCAAGUGUUCCUGUAGCCUCCACAUCCCAGGUAGACAGGGCAACCCCUCAGUGUGUGGAGACACCCAAUUCUGUUGAGGCUCCCUCUGAUAUUCUCUCCACACCAGCUGCCACCAGUAGCAAAGACUCAGAGAGUGAGAACUCACAAGGAGGAUUCCCCAGCCAGCCUCCCACAAAUGUCCCUAUGAAGAACUGCCCAGGUGUGGACCUCAUCAACUCAUCCUCUUCAGGGCUGCUUGUUGGGUUGGUACACCCCAAGAUUAAGUUUGAUCCUGAUGAGGAAGGGGAGUGUUCGCUUGAAUCUAAAGGCAUGGGUCUUUAUGGUGAAACCAACCACAAUGAGGAAAGGACCCUUAGUUCCAGUCCUGCACCCAGCACUGAGCCAUCAUCCAUGCCCUGCCCCAGCUAUCAGAUGAAGCAGUUUGUAGAUGUGCUGCUCCGUGGAGGAGCCAACCCUAACCGUGAGGAACUUGUGCCUCACUUUGCUCAUAGUUUGGGGAACAGUGGAGUGGUGGGUCGGGUAGAGGAGAGCCUCGGGCACGGAGGCUCCUGCAGUAUGGAGUUACAAAGCGACUGGUAUAUGGAGGAUGCAGGGAGACUCCAUAAAUGCCCAUUCUGCCCAUACACAACCAAACAGAAAGGCAUUCUGAAGAGGCAUAUCCGCUGUCAUACAGGGGAGAGGCCCUAUCCAUGCGAGAUCUGUGGAAAGCGUUUCACACGACAGGAACAUCUGCGCACACAUGCUGUCACUGUCCAUCGCUCGAGCUGGCCCAUCGUGUGUAAAGGCUGCCGGCGUGUCUUCUCUGGGGUGGUUUCUCAGGGCCUGAAGCGGUUUGGCCUUUGCGAUAGCUGUACUUGUGUUACUACAACUAAUGAAGACUCUCCCUCCAUGACUCUCGGCAGCCAGUCUGUGGGUGUGGAACAGGGUGCAGGAGAUUCUGACUGGCCCAUCUUCAUGGAAGAUGGAGAUGAAGAACCCAGUACUGGUGCGGGCGAGCUGGAUGAUAAGAAAGACCUUCAAAGGCAGCUUGCAGAGGGUGGGAGUCUUCUAUAGGCAUUCAGUCCUGAUUUCAAUUCUGCCUGGCUGUAUCAGUAUUCCCUUCAGUCUCACCCUGUUAAAAGUAUAGGAUGCAAACCAGCCAUCAAAGCUUGGGAGGAGAUGUGUUGCGUGGCACAUUUUGGAAACUUCCUAGCAAGAUGGAGAACAAAUCUUGAGGCAAAUAUAGUGGCGAGAGAGGAAAGAGUAAUGUUAGCUUUUUGGAAAUCGAUACAGAAUUUGUAGUUGUAAGUGUUUACGGGUACAUUAUCUGAUUAGCGAGAGUUCCACAGGUCAGAUGAAGCUAAUAAAGUUUUACAUAAAAAAGUUUAAUUAAUGUUGUAAAUUAAGCUUAUAAGAGUUAAAUAAUUCAGUUUAGCAAUAUCACUAUACUUUUUUUCCCCUUAUGUUUUUGUUCCUGGGUUUAAAGAAGUGUUAUUUCUUAAUUGCUUAUGCCUAAAAAGUGUAGAAAAAGUGUUCCCUACAGAUUCAGGUUUUGUGUCCAUGAGUGAUGGUUUGAAAUUUACCUAUUUCUAAUGAGAAAACUGGUGAAUUCAUUCACCAAAAAAAAAAAAAAAAAAAUCUGAAAAUUACCUGAUAUGUUUUCAUGUUAAAAUUAUACAAAGAUGACCAUAAGAUUUAGAAGUGAGUAGAUUUUGCAGAUUUACAAUUGUACUGUAAAUUACUUUCAUGUAUUAGCUCCCAAAUGUUUACUCCCAUCAUGUUCUCAUUAUACUGUUUUUGUUAGUGGCAUUCAAUGUCAACAUCUUGAUGGAAGAUCUACCCUUGGUCCUCCAAGUAUGAACAUCAAGGAUAUUGAUGCCCUGUGUUCCAUUUUGCUGUAGUUUCUUCCAUCUCCACAUAGCCUUCAGCCCUAGAUUGUCCAGGGAAACCCUGGCUCUCUCAGUGAACCUUAGAAAAUGCUGCCAUUCCUGAUGUGUUUCAAAGGUGGUUUUACCAAGUUCCAAAGAAUGACAGCAGGGACACAGCUGCCCUGCCACAGGUGGUACUGGGCUGAACAGUGUCAAGUGAGGGACACUGGUGGGUCUCUGAAAGGUGUUGUCAUCACUGAGCAUCAAAUUCCAACCGUUAGUGGAAUCAGACCACAGAUGAAGUUCUGGAGUACAAGGAAUACCCCCAAAAGCUAACUAGGAAGAAGAAAGUGUUGUGGGCAAUCACAAGACUGAAAAGUGUGGCACUGGUUGAGAACUUAUUUGGAAUGAUGGCCAUUUUCUAUCAUUUUUAUGCAUAAGCGAUUAAUACCAAUUAUUAACCAAAAAUUGUGUACACACGGUGUAAUCAAAGUAUACAGCUUUACUUUAACGGUACAAAACUUCUUUGGAGUCUUGCAUUUACAUGUUAAUAAAAGGUCAUAUAUCAAUAGCAGAGGUUUCAUGAUGGUCAAGAUGGUAAAUGACUGAGGUAAUACACCUGGGUUAUACAUUAAUAAUUUCACUAAUAUUCUCAACAAAUGGUGGAUCCUGCAACCUAGGAGGAAGAAACCUAAUUACCAUAAUAGGGCCUGAGAGCUUCAGCCCUUUAACUAUUUAUUUUUACUUUUUGUGUGUCUAGUUCUUUAUCUUCUAGGCUGUGUGAUGCUGCCUAGUAAAGAGAUAUACUGUAUUUUAAUUUAAAAUGUAAAUACAAGGAGUGGCAAAAUAAAAACAAGUGAAAGCAA